CUUUCCAGACGGCCACAGUUGAGCACAAAAACAAACUUGAACCAGGCGAGCUGUGAGUCAACACUCAGCCCAAAUGUCCUCGUCUGAGGUGGACAAUCCGACUACUUUUAUCUGAAGAGAUUAUUUUUAAUUUUUUUUUCCAUUGUUGGAAAAAAAAAAAAAAAAAAAGGGAAGGGAAGGGCUCUGCCAAGAAAACAAAAACAACCAUUUGGAAAUGAAGUUAUGGUUCAGAAAGUGCGCACUUUACGCACGGCGCGCACCCGUGAACCACUGAGAUGUUGGAGCACCUCGCCUCUGUUGCUGUUCUCCUCUUGUUCUUUAUUUCCUUUGUUGCUGUCAGUUCUUCAGAACACUCUGUAACAAUGUAUCGUUGCGCAAUACUUUAAAGCGCACACAUACACCCAAACAACAACAACAGCAGGAGAAAACAGACCAGAGACAGCAUGGGGGCCAAGCAGAGCAGCCCUGUGUUUGAUGGCAGAACUCGGGCUUAUUCCAGCUCUGAUCUCCCAUCUGGAAACUCCAGCGGAGGGGGACGGAUUGCGGGGUUCAGGUACACCAAUGGACCAGAUGGCCCCCGGAUCCGUUACACAGGUGGGGGGCCAACCAGCUCCGGUCUCAGUAUCCCAGCUGGCGGCAGGUCAGGGUCACACGGACUCAAUCAGAGCCUCGAUGGCACGGAUGGUGACCUGGAGGGCGAGAUGCCGCCCGAGGGCCACAGGUUGCUUAUUGGAUCCCUGCCGGCCCACCUGUCACCUCAUCUGCUGGGAGGCUUCCACUGUCCUGUUUGCUCCAAGUUUAUGGCGUCAGAUGAAAUAGAGAAGCACCUGCUCAUGUGUUUCAGCAAAUCGCGCCUCACCUACAACAAGGACAUCCUGUCCAGAGACUCUGGGGAAUGUGCCAUCUGUUUAGAUGAGCUGGAGCAGGGAGACACCAUUGCCAGGCUGCCCUGCCUCUGUAUCUAUCAUAAAGGGUGUAUAGACGAGUGGUUUGAGGUGAAUCGCUCGUGUCCGGAGCAUCCCUCCGACUAGGAGCUGCAGGAGUACAGUUUCAGUCUGCUGUACGUCACUGUGGUGGACUGUGUGCCCUGACCUCAUCAUCACAACACUGUCUGUUCCAGCCGAGCAUCAGCGCUCCUCAGGGAUUGCAAGACAUUGUUGUGCACAGAAUUUUUCAUAUUGCCUCAUGGAAUAGUGAUGUACUUUGGAUAUGUUUCUCUAGACGUCGUGGGACGUUCAAAGAACCACUGGUCGAGUCAUUUUAUCUCCAGAAAAUAUGUGAAUGUUCCUUGUGCCACCUUCUGGCCUAAAGUGGGUUCAUGAAACCUGGGAUCUGAACCGUUCUGCUGAACAGGGUGUGGCUUUAUGGGAGAGGACUUGUGUAACCAAUGCGGUGCGAGAAUUACGUCUCUUUUCAGCAGAGAUUUAGAUUGAGAGACUGUUCAGACUUGAUCAGAAGGCUGAUGUUGUGCAAUGUGAAAACAAACCCAGCCGUUCAGAGUUAGAAAUGCCUUUUUUCAGCUUUAAGGGAUGAUUACAGUGUUGAUCGUAGCUAGGAUGUAAAUCUUAAUUUUAUCGUGAAAUUGGCCAAAUCAACCUUUUGUUAAACAAUCGUGCCCUCGACCAAAUAGUCUAAUGUGAAAAAGUCAGACUUUGUUAAUCAUUUGUCCAUUCAGAACCACAGUAAAGUGAUCGUGUAGUUUAGUGGUGGAAUCAAAGAUAGGCUACAACAUAUCUAAUUAUGAUUCAUACUCUAAGGAGUGCCAUAAUAUGCUGCUAUGUCAUAGACUGGAAUGUUUCCUAUAACCUUUGAACCUUUGUUCAAUGUUCUUUCUAUUUGUACUGUAAUGUUUUGCACAACAAUAAAUGUUUUGUCUUUGUGUCUCAAUACUGCAUACAAAGUAGUAAAAAUGUUAAUG